GACAAUACCGAACACCGGCAGAUCAAACGUAAUGCGUGUCUGGCUGUUAUAAUACAUGUCUAGCUUACAUUCAGUUAUGUAUUGUCAUGUGAACGCGUUUCUUCACAUGUUGCUGGAGUGUAACGUUAAAUAUAAGAUUUUGGUUCGUGUGUGCCAAUUGGGGAGAGGAGGAGGGCGCGACAGCUCCGCCUUUACCUUGUCACAAAAUGCCUUUUGGACAAUUACAGCACGUAAGAUCCUGAGAAAAACUACGGAUAAUAAUUCAUUUCCGUAAACCAGCGACACGUGAGAGGCGUUAUGGAUUUUGUUGCAAUGGGAUGCUGCGGUAGCACACAGAAGAAGAGAGACUGGAAACCAUUAGAACAGAGGUCAUGUACGGAUAUCCCAUGGCUGCUGUUGUUCAUCCUCUUCAAUAUUGGCAUGCUCUGCAUAUGUGGCUUCGCCAUAGCAUCAGGGGCCGCCUCCAGACUCAUAUCAGGGUACGACAGUUAUGGCAACACCUGUGGUCAGAAGAAUGCUGAAAUCCCAGGAAUCGAACUCAGCGGCAAAGACCAGAGCUCAAGAAAGUAUGUGUUUUUCCUGGAUCCCUGCAACAUUGAUCUCUUAAGAAGAAAGAUUAAAUCCAUUGCUUUGUGUGUCUCAAAAUGUCCAAAGAGAGAGCUAAAUACUUACGAGGAUCUCACACAUUUUUCAGCAAAUAAUGGAUCAGAUUUAUGCUCUUAUGAAAUUAAACCGGACCAAUAUACCUCUCACCCUGACAAAGCUACAAAAUGCCCUAAACUUCCUGUCCAUCCAAGUGCAUCAAUACCCUUGUUUCAUCGCUGUAUGCCAGCUAAUAUUUCCUGCUAUUCCAAGUUUGCCGAAGCAUUUAUAAGUUUUGUCAGUGAUAACAGCGUGGUGCACAGGGUCGUUGCCGGAGUGAUGACCUCCAAAGAGAUCAUUAUGGGCCUGUGUCUGCUCUCUCUUGUUCUGUCUCUGAUCCUGAUGUUUGUGAUUCGCUACAUCUCAGUCGUUCUCGUGUGGAUUCUGACGGCUGUUGUCGUGGUCGGUUCAAUUGGUGGUUCUGGCGUUCUGUGGUGGCUAUAUGUGGAUCACAGCAAUUCUGUGAACGCCACUCUUCCGGCCAAUGAACUGCAGGUGGCCGAAGACAACCAGCAAGCUCUUCUCAUCUAUGCUAUCGGAGCCACUGUUUUCACGGUGCUUCUGCUGUUGCUCAUGUUCUUCAUGAGGAAGCGUGUGGCUCUCACAAUCGCUCUGUUCCACGUGGCUGGUAAAGUCUUCACUCAUCUGCCUCUUCUGGCACUGCAGCCCUUCUGGACCUUUCUCACCCUCAUGUGCUUCUGGGUUUACUGGAUCACUGUGCUCCUGUUCCUCGGAACUGCAGGAAGUCCAGUAAAGAACAACCAGACAGGUCUGGUAGAGUUCCGUAUGGACAGUCCGCUGCAGUACAUGGUGUGGUACCAUGCCGUGGGUCUCAUCUGGAUCAGCGAGUUUCUCCUCGCAUGCCAGCAGAUGACUGUGGCAGGGGCCGUCGUCACAUACUAUUUCACCAGAGAUAAAUCUCAGAUGCCCCUCACACCAAUCAUAUCAUCUAUGCUGACACUGAUGCGAUAUCACCUGGGCACUGUGGCUAAAGGAGCUUUCAUCAUCACUUUAGUGGAGAUUCCACGGCUUAUUCUCACCUACAUCCACACUCAGCUAAAAGGAAAGGAAAACGCAUGUGCUCGCUGCAUGCUGAAGGCGUGUAUCUGCUGUCUGUGGUGUUUAGAGAAGUGCCUCAAUUAUCUGAACGUGAACGCAUACACGGCAACGGCGAUUAACAGCACCGGCUUCUGUACGUCAGCGCGGGAUGCCUUGUUCCUCCUGGCUGAAAAUGCUCUGCGCGUAGCAGCGAUCAACAGCGUUGGCGACUUUGUCCUGUUUUUAGGAAAGAUCUUGAUUGUGUCGUGUACGGCGUUUUCAGGCGUCCUAGCGCUUAACUAUCAGAGAGAAUACACCGUGUGGGUGUUGCCUCUCAUCAUAGUCUGUGUGUUUGCAUUCCUGGUGGCUCACUGUUUCCUGUCCAUCUAUGAGACUGUAGUAGACGUACUCUUCCUCUGUUUUGCCAUCGACACCAAGAACAACGAUGGCAGCCCGGGCAGCGAGUAUUACAUGGACAAAGAGCUUAUGGAGUUUGUAGAGAACGCCAGGAAAGCUACAGAGCGGUACAGCAAAGAGGAAGGUGACCGUGGGGAAAUGAAAUCUAUGACUGGAGAUACAUCGGCAUGAGGACUGGGCAUGUUGCAUCAACCUACCGUACACUCCAAAGAAAAAUGGGUUUAAGAUGCACAAUAGCUACUAUUCAGGGAUCAUGUGACAGGCUUUUGUCAUGACUCAAAAGGACACUUAGUUUACAAAAGCUAAAUGUCUGAAUCUGAAUUAAGCACAGAUGCAGGAAAUGAAACGGGAAGCUGAGUAAGAUGUGGAAUUCUGCACUCAUAUUUUUGCUCCCCAUUUUUUUCCAACAGAUAAUAACAAUUAUUUGGAUAUUUGUUUUGCCACGUUAUACAUUUUAAAAUAAAUUUUGGGAGCCUAAAUAUAAGUUCUUUAUUCAGCAUUUUUAGUUCAAAACCAUGUGUAUGUUUUAUACAGCAGAAAUGGUCUACUAGUUAAUAUUUUGUUUAAAUGAAAAGCAAUAAUUGAAAUCUUGUAGUCUGUAGAAUAUAUUUUUAAUAUAACCUUUUACUUUGAA